AUCUCUCCCACCUCGAAUUCCAUCACGAAGUCAUUCGAGUAUUGCGGUCGGAAUCGUCGCCUGAUGGGAGAGAAAUGUCCGGAAAGAUCAAGGCCAAAGACCUGAGCUACGACACGUCUCUUCCGCCAUUUCUGCAAAGACUGCAUGCUGCAAAAGGCGGCUCUGGAGAUUCCGACCGGCACGAGCGAGCCAUCGCGCGGCCAAAGAAGGCUAAAGAUGUCAAUGAGGAUGAUGGACCGACAAUGGUAGAUGAGGAUGGCGAAACACUGACCAAGGACGAAUAUGAGAAGCUCACCAAGGCCGGAGCCGCGACUGAGAAUUCCAAUGCCGCACCGGAUGGAGCAGAAGCAACUUCGAACGUCGAGACGACCGCGACCAGACCUGAUCAGAAAGUGACUGAUGGUGUGGCGGUCAAGAAGCGAAAACUCGCAAAGGUCGUCGGCGACGAAGACGGAGCUCCCAAUGAAGUCCAGGCCACCGCGUCCAAGACUCCCAAGAAGGCGAAGAAGAAGCCCAAGCCCGUCAAGCUCGCGUUCGACGACGAUGAUGGCACCUGAUGUUUCGCAAUCGUCUGAUGCUUCGGAAUCAUUCGCUGGAAUCAGAUCAAUACCCUCCUCAACCGAGCCACUCAACCAAUGGUCUCAUACCUCAGGUCAUGGACAUCACGGAAUGGGCCCACCCAUCAUGCAACGGCCGCCAGUACUGAUGCACAAGUGACCGAGUGUGCUUCGCAUGUACUUGGACCUCCAUGUUACGGGCGACGUGAGUGUGAAUCACGUCGAGACCACCGAGCGGACCACCGCCGUACAUCGCAAAGGAGCAGAGCACGACCACUCAUACCCCGGCCACUGCGCAGGGGAGCACUG